CGCGGCUUCGCGAGCCGGUCGGUUGGCGAGGGCUGGAUGGUUGUUGGCUGUCUUGGUUUAAAAUAACGGUCAUGGACUGAAGCUCGGCGGCGGUUGCUGCUCGUCAGUUGAAGCUGCCGCUGGCGAGAAGCUCGGUCGUGAGGGAGAGAAAAGGCGCCUCUAGCCGGGCGGCCGCACAGACCAUUCCUCGGCCCCUUUCCGGGAAGGAGCCCCUUCAUGAUUAAGAUGAGGCGCAGCUCGUGAGCGGCCCGACGGCGACGCCUCGCGUCGACCCCUCGGCGGCCAUGGGGCUGUGCGCGAAGAAGGGGCCAUUGCCGUCGUCGGUCGGGCGCCGGCGACGAGCCCGAGGCGGGUUGCAGCUGCCUUUGCCUUGAACCGAGCCAGCCAUGGACGAGCGGCUGAGCCGGUGGCUUCUGCUGCCGCCGCUGCUGGCGCUCUUCUUCCUCCUGGUCCUCUAUCAGUAUGCCUGUCCCGGCGCCCCGCCACCGCCGCCCCCUCCCUCCCCCUCUUCGCCCUGUCCCCCGCGGUUUUCCUCGCCCGACCCGGAUCCGCAGCACCAUCAUGCGUCGGCGCCCCCCUUGCCCGGCUCCCUGGGGGGCAAGUUCCCUUUCGGGCUGUCGGAGUUGUGCCGCCGGCUGCGCUUCGACAUGCGCGGCCGCGACGUGAUGGUCUUCCUGCACAUCCAGAAGACGGGCGGCACCACCUUCGGCCGCCACCUGGUGCGCAACAUCCACCUGGAGCGGCCCUGCCAUUGCCGUGCCGGCCAGAAGAAGUGCACCUGUCAGAGGCCUGGCGCGGCCCCGGCGGAAGAGAGCGGCGGCGGCACCGUCGGAACGGACAAGGGCGACACGUGGCUCUUCUCGCGCUUCUCCACCGGCUGGAGCUGCGGGCUGCACGCCGACUGGACCGAGCUCACCAGCUGCGUCCCCGCUGCCAUGGAGCGCCGAGGGGGAUGCCUCGCCAACCGUACCCUCAGGAACUUCUAUUACAUUACAAUGCUGAGGGACCCUGUAUCACGUUACUUGAGUGAGUGGAAACAUGUCCAAAGAGGUGCAACAUGGAAGACUUCCCUCCACAUGUGUGAUGGGAGGAGCCCCACACCAGAAGAGCUGCCUAUGUGUUACCUAGGAGAUGACUGGUCUGGGGUCAACUUACAAGAGUUCAUGAAUUGUAGCCAUAACCUGGCUAAUAACCGCCAGGUUCGCAUGCUGGCAGACCUCAGCCUGGUUGGGUGUUACAAUUUGACCUUUAUGAAUGAGAGUGAAAGAAACAUGAUACUUCUACAAAGCGCCAAGAACAACCUGAAAAACAUGGCCUUCUUUGGACUCACAGAGUUUCAGAGAAAAACUCAGUAUCUUUUUGAGAGGACAUUUAACCUGGAGUUUAUCUCCCCUUUCACUCAGUACAACAUCACACGAGCCUCUAAUGUGGAUAUCAGUGAGUCAGUGCGGAAGCACAUAGAAGAGCUGAACUUUUUGGAUAUGCAGCUAUAUGAAUUUGCAAAAGACCUAUUUCUGCAACGUUUUCAAUAUGCCAAAAAAGAAGAGCAUGAACAAAAUCGUCAGAAACGACGGGAGGAACGAAAAAUGUUACGUGAGCAGAAGAUUCAUGAAUGGCAAAAGGAGGGAGAAGAAGAAAUAACUGUUACUGAGAAUUAUAACAGUCAGGUAGAACGCUGGUGAAUUGCCUUCUGUGUACACACUUAGUUUGACAGUUUGUUGAACUGAACAUUGCAAUCCUAAGAACACUUUCCUGGGAGUAAGCUCCAUUCAAUAGACCUGAGUAGUAUACUGAGCAGAGCAGUUUAAGAUUGCUCUCUUAAUUACUCACUGGUGAAUGAAACUCCUGUUAUUCUGAUACAAAAGAGUCUCUUGGCUGCUCUGCAUUAAUGUUUUUGUAGAUUUUGUCAUUUAAGAGUAAGAUAUUUUAAGUUUUUCAAUACAUGUAAAACAGUGUUAUUCAGUUGUCUGGUAUAUAGUUCAUUAUUUAAAACAAGCCACCUUUAAAAGGCCUGACCUAUUAGCACAUUGUUCUUGCCUCAAUGUUGAUGGUUUUUCUUAUGGCAGAAUGCACUACUAAAACUUGGAAACAGUGAAAAUGAACACUCGUGUCACAUUGUUUGUUUUACUUACAUGUAAUGAUUUGCCAAGGUUAGUCACGUUGUUCUUUGUAAAAAUUGUACUAUGUACAUUUGUGAUGAAUGUAACAGAGAAAAACAUGCUGUUUCUCAAUUGUU